UCUUUACUUUUCCUCACCCUUCCUCACCUUUUUAAGAAUGUCAGCUGAAGCAUCGUCUACCGAACAACCACGUGCUCCUAUCGAAGCUCAACGCACGCCUGAUCGAUACGCCGUUUUUUUGCGUUCAAAGCGACGAAUUGUCUUGACGGGCUCGGAGACAGAGGAAGAAGCACGCGCAGCUGAGAAAGAGCCGGUGCAGAUUCCCGGCCUUCCAACGUUCAUGAGCUUCCAUGAACAACGAACUCAUAUGAAGCAGAAGUUGGCAGCAGGCUUUAGAUUGAUGGCAUUGUAUCGGUACGAUGAAGGCGUUGCUGGCCAUAUGACCUUCAGAGAUCCAGAGUACCCCGAUCUGUUUUGGGUUAACCCUCUUGCUAAAUAUUUUGGACACAUCAAGGCGAGUGAUCUUGUCUUAAUCGAUCAUCAUGGAAAGAUUGUUCGCGGGAAUACCACCGUCAACAAGGCAGCAUUCAUGAUCCACGGAGCCAUCCAUAAUGCACGCUCAGAUGUUAUUUGCGCCGUCCACACGCACUCCAUUUACGGCCGAACAUUCUCAACAUUCGGCCGCGAAUUGCUCCCUAUCUCACAAGAUGCAUGCGCAUUCUAUGGUGCCCACGGCGUCUAUCCGGAUUUCGGUGGUGUCGUGUAUACACCCGAGGAAGGAGAAAAUCUGGUCAAAGCGCUGGGCCCCACCAACAAGGCACUCAUCUUGCAAAAUCAUGGACUGUUGACCACGGGCAAGACGGUUGAUGAGGCCAUCUGGUGGUUCCUUGCCAUGGAACGAUGUUGCGAGUCCCAGAUUCUCGCAGAGUCUGCGCAUCCUAACGGCUACAAGGAUCUGAAGCUUAUCGAUGAUAAGGUAGCCCGCGGCGUUUUCCAAAAUACUGGAGACCACCAGGCAGGAUACAUGCAGUUCCAACCACUUUUCCAAAUGAUUACCAAGAUGCAGCCCGAUUGCCUCGAAUAAAUAUAUAUUCCCUUCCCAUUUAUCAAUUUCUUCAUGUACAUUCUUUAGUUUUGAAAAUAUCAUUUUAUCGUGUAACGAUAAUCCCAAUUUCGAUUCCUGUUUUGCUCUAAUGCGCAUGCGUAGUAAGCAUAAAGUAAAGCAGUACGUUGAAAUAGGCAAGUUAAUUUCAGCAGUUAGAUACGAGCAGACAACGAUGCCGUAGACAAGGGAAUUGCAUGAAGGAGCCAACUAUAUAUAUAAAUACAUAUAUAUAUAUGUGUGUGUGUGUAUAAGGACAACAGUGCAGCGUAUACUAGUUUUGGAUAUGAAGCAAAAGUUUGCU